CCAGCCUCCGGCCACCGCCCAUGGCUGGCCCCUACGCCCCCUACCACCCCACGGCCAAGCCCUCCGCCGCCGCCUCCACCACCUCGUCGUACCUCAUGAUCAGAAACUCCAGCUUCUCCACUUGGAUCCUCGUCCUCAUCCUCUGCUUCAUGUCCUACCUCCUCGGCGUCUGGCAACACGGCGGCCGCGUCGCCCCCGCCACCUUCUCCGCCGCCUCGGCCACCAUAUCCACCAUCCCCUGCCCCUCGUCCCCCGCCAAGAGAUCGUCCCCUGCCUCCUCCGCCACCCCCGGCGCCACCCUCGACUUCGAGUCCCACCACCGGCAGGACGACGCCGGGGACGCGGAGCUCGACGACCGCCCCAGGACGUACCCGGCGUGCGCGGCCAACUUCAGCGAGUACACGCCCUGCGAGGACGUGACGAGGUCGCUCCGGUUCGACCGGGACAGGCUGAUAUACCGGGAGCGGCACUGCCCGGACAAGAGCGAGCAGGUGAAGUGCCGGGUGCCGGCGCCCUACGGGUACAGGAUACCGUUCCGAUGGCCAGCGAGCAGGGACCUGGCGUGGUACGCCAACGUGCCCCACAAGGAGCUCACGGUGGAGAAGGCGGUCCAGAACUGGAUCCAGUACCAGGGCGACCGCUUCCGCUUCCCCGGCGGCGGCACCAUGUUCCCCCACGGCGCCGACGCCUACAUCGACGACAUCGGCGAGCUCAUCGACCUCAAGGACGGCUCCAUCCGGACCGCCAUCGACACCGGCUGCGGGGUGGCGAGCUGGGGAGCUUAUCUUCUGUCUCGGAACGUGCUGACGGUGUCGUUCGCGCCGAGGGACACGCACGAGGCUCAGGUACAAUUCGCCCUCGAGCGAGGGGUGCCGGCCCUGAUCGGCGUCCUCGCGUCCAAGAGGCUUCCGUACCCGUCCAGGGCGUUCGACAUGGCACAUUGCUCUCGAUGCCUCAUUCCUUGGGCCCAAUCCGGCGGAGCGUAUUUGAUGGAAGUGGAUAGAGUCCUGAGGCCGGGCGGGUAUUGGAUCCUGUCGGGUCCGCCGAUCCGGUGGAGGAAGUACUGGAGGGGCUGGAAUCGGACCCAAGACGACUUGAGAUCGGAGCAGAACUCGAUCGAGAGGGUGGCCAGGAGCCUGUGCUGGACCAAGCUCGUCGAGAAGGGCGACAUCGCCGUCUGGCGAAAGCCCACCAACCACAUGCAAUGCAAAGUGAACCGGUUCUGCCCCACCCGAGAUCCGGAUAGGGCCUGGUACACCAACAUGGACACCUGCUUGACCCGGCUACCGGAAGUCUCCGGCGACGAGGAGGUCGCAGGCGGCCAGGUGGCGAAGUGGCCGGAGAGGCUCAAUGCGGUCCCGCCCAGGAUCGGCAGUGGUACAGUGCGGGGAGUCACGGCAGAGAACUUCCACACCGACACCGAGCUCUGGAAGCGCAGGGUCUCAUACUACAAGACGGUGAACAACCAGCUGGGGCAGGCCGGGAGGUACCGGAACCUGCUGGACAUGAACGCACACUUGGGCGGCUUCGCGGCGGCGCUCGUGGAGGACCCAGUCUGGGUCAUGAACGUUGUCCCCGCGGAAGCCCAGGUCAACACGCUCGGAGUCAUAUACGAAAGAGGGCUCAUCGGGACUUAUCAGAGCUGGUGUGAAGCCAUGUCUACUUAUCCUAGGACUUAUGAUCUCAUUCAUGCCGACUCAUUGUUCACCCUCUACAAGGACAGGUGCGAGGCAGAGGACAUAUUGCUGGAGAUGGACAGGAUCCUGAGGCCAGAAGGGAGUGUGAUCGUACGGGACGACGUGGACGCUUUGGUGAAGUUGAAGAGGAUGAUUGACGGGAUGAACUAUGACAGCCAAAUCGUCGACCAUGAGGACGGGCCACUCGUGCGGCAGAAGCUUCUCUUCGCUGUCAAGUCCUACUGGACAGCCCCAUCGCCUUCCAAUCACCGCCGAUCCUCCACUUCUUAGGAACCUAAUCAAGUCGCUUUCUGCGUUUCUUUUUCUUUUUUUCUUUUUUUUCUUUUUCAUGUUUUCAGCAAUUCUUUCAUGAUGAAAAGUUCCAGAUAGAUCCAGUUCCAACAAACCCCAACUCUUCGAAGGUCUUCGCCUAUCAAAACGAAAUGGGGUCCAAUUCGUGUAACACACAUUUGACGAUGAAUUGGGUGCUAUAGAGCCUAUA